AGAACACUGCUCCGGCAGCCAGUUCCGUCCAGUCGUCUUUCACAGGCUCACUAAAAUGGCGUCGGCUCCGGCAGAUUACAGCUCCUACAACCAGUCCACUGCUCAGCAGGGGUAUGCUUCUUAUGCUGCCCAGCCCUCACAAAGUUAUGGGCAGUCUGCACAGCAAAGCUAUGGUCAGCAGAAUUAUGGGUCUUAUGCCCAACCGGCUGCUGCUGCUGCCGAUGCUAGCUACAGCACGACAACACCUGCAGCUGGAGGCUACACCCAGACGCAACAGCAGUAUGGGUCCUCUUAUGGGCAGCCAGCAGCAGCUGGCUAUCCUGCUGCCCAGUCUACCACUCAUACCUACUCCCAGUCAGCCCAAGGUUAUGGAGCCAGUGCUUAUGAAAGUACUCCUGCUGCUGCUGCUCCUGCUGCCUCCCAGUCCUACGGCUCACAGCCAGGGUAUACUGCCCAGUCUGCAUACCCUGGUUAUGGCCAGCAGGCUGCUCCUACUGCACCACAGAGUUACAAUGCUAACAGCCAGCCGGCUAGUUACAACCAAAGUAGCUACUCCCAGCCUGCGGCAUAUGGCCAGCAACAGCCUGGCUAUCAGGCCCAGCAGGCCAGCUACGGCCAGCAGGGCUAUCAGCAGCAGGCCCAGCAGCAGCAACAGGCUCCCCCUGCCUACCCUCCUCAGGCUGCUGGUUCCUAUGGGCAGCCUCCAUCCAGCCAGUACAGUCAGCAAGGUGGACCACCCAGUUACAACCAAAACAACCAUUACAACAACUACAGACAGGAUGGCCAGGGCGGAGGUUCCAGUUACUCUGGCUCUGAAUCUUCCAGGUACUCUGGUUCAGGUGACAGCAGGGGCCCCGGCAGAGACGGCUUUGACAGAGGUGGAAUGAUGCAUCGUGGGCGUGGAGGCAUGGGCCGCGGCAUGGGCAGCGCCGGAGACAGAGGUGGCUUCAGUAAGCCUGGUGGACCUAUGGGCGGAGACGAGCGUGAAAUGGGACGCCCUGAAGAGCAGGAUGACUCUGAGAACAGCACGAUCUACAUCACAGGACUGACUGAGAAAGCAAACCUGGAGGAGAUGGCUGAGUUCUUCAAACAUGUUGGCCCAAUCAGAAUUAACCGCAGACUUGGCCAGCCUGCCAUCAACAUCUACACCGACAAGGACAGUGGGAAGCCCAAAGGAGAUGCCACUCUGUCCUACGAGGAGCCAGUCUGUGCCAAAGCGGCCGUGGAGCAUUUUGAUGGCAAGGAGUACCAGGGCAGAAGGCUCAAGGUGUCCAUGGCACGCCGCAAGCCCAUGAUGGGCGGAAUGAGAGGCAUGCCUAUGCGAGAUGGCAUGAUGGGCCGUGGAGGUAUGAUGGGCCGUGGAGGAGACCGCGGUGGGUUUGGUCCACGCGGUGGUCCACGUGGAAUGGGCAGAGGUGGACCCACUGGAGGCAACAUGCAGCAAAGAGCCGGGGACUGGGAGUGCCCGAACCCGGGUUGUGGCAACCAGAACUUUGCCUGGAGGAUGGAGUGUAACCAGUGCAAAGCCCCCAAACCCGAGGGGCUAGGAGGUGGCCCUCCGUUUCCCCCUGGCGGUGACAGAGGCCGAGGAGGAAUGGGAAUGCGCGGAGGCAGAGGUAUGGACCGUGGUGGGCCCGCAGGAGGCGGUGGGCCCGGUGGCCCUGGAGGUUUCCGUGGAUCCUGGGGAGGGGACCGCGGUGGAUUCAGAGGACGCGGAGGAAUGGACAGGGGAGGUUUCCGUGGGGCUGGGCGAGGGGGUCCACCAAUGGACCGCAUGGGUGGCAGAGGUGGAAGAGGGAUGGGCCCACCAGGUGGCAAGAUGGAUAUGAGGGACCAUCGCCAGGAGCGCAGAGAGCGACCAUACUGAAGAACUUCUUGACUGUUCCUCCUUGAGGAAUUAGAUUUUUAAGACAGGAAUUUUUAAUUUAUGAUUCCAUAUUUACAUUUAUAGAACUGCUCUCAAACAUCUUUUUGCGGUUUUAUUCAACUCGUGUUUCCAUUUUUUUCUAUUUUAGUUUACCCAUGUUUAUGCUACAUCUUAUAUUGUACAUGUUUUUGUUUUUUUAUGUAUGCAGAUGAGUUUUGCUCUUGUAUUGUGAUGCUAAAUGCUUUCAUUGGUUGACAUAUUUGCCUCCCCUUUCCCAUAACUGAUAUUGUACGGUGACAAAUUUGGGAAUAAAAUUUUACUGAUUUGA